CAAAGGGCCGGACGUGACGUAGGGAGAGUUCCGGCUUCGGCCUCUGCCGCUGCCUCCGCUACUACAGCCGUCCGCUGCUCCUGCCGCUACCGCAACCGCGGCUUGUUAUUCCUAAAAUGGCGCCGCUAGAUCUGGACAAGUAUGUGGAAAUAGCGCGGCUGUGCAAAUACCUGCCGGAGAACGACCUAAAGCGGCUAUGUGACUAUGUUUGUGAUCUUCUCUUGGAGGAAUCCAACGUUCAACCAGUGUCAACUCCAGUGACAGUGUGUGGGGAUAUACACGGACAGUUUUAUGACCUUUGUGAACUAUUCAGAACUGGAGGUCAGGUUCCUGACACAAACUACAUAUUUAUGGGUGAUUUUGUAGACAGAGGUUACUAUAGUUUGGAGACCUUCACUUAUCUUCUUGCACUAAAGGCUAAAUGGCCUGAUCGUAUUACACUUUUACGAGGAAAUCAUGAAAGUAGACAAAUAACACAGGUGUAUGGAUUUUACGAUGAGUGCCAAACCAAAUAUGGAAAUGCUAAUGCUUGGAGAUACUGUACCAAAGUUUUUGACAUGCUCACAGUAGCAGCUUUAAUAGAUGAGCAGAUUUUAUGUGUUCACGGUGGUUUAUCUCCUGAUAUCAAAACACUGGAUCAAAUUCGAACCAUUGAACGGAACCAAGAAAUUCCUCAUAAAGGAGCAUUUUGUGACCUAGUUUGGUCAGAUCCCGAAGAUGUGGAUACUUGGGCAAUCAGUCCUCGAGGAGCAGGUUGGCUUUUUGGAGCAAAGGUCACAAAUGAGUUUGUUCAUAUCAACAACUUAAAACUCAUCUGCAGAGCACAUCAGCUUGUGCACGAAGGCUAUAAGUUUAUGUUUGACGAGAAGCUGGUCACAGUGUGGUCUGCUCCUAACUACUGCUAUCGUUGUGGAAAUAUUGCUUCCAUCAUGGUCUUCAAAGACGUGAAUACAAGAGAACCAAAGUUAUUCCGGGCAGUUCCAGAUUCAGAACGUGUUAUUCCUCCCAGAACGACGACGCCGUAUUUCCUUUGAGGCCUUCGCCCAUCCUGCUGACCCAUUUUCUGCCCUCUUCUUAUCCCAACUUUCUUGUACCCUCUACGAUAUACUUUUUAUUGAGCACUUUGCUGCUGAAAUGCUGCCUCUUGCCUUUUUUUAAUUUUAAAUUAUCUAAAUUUAUUGUUCGUCAUGGUGUCUAUAGCGAUGUUUUUCUAUCAGUUUCCUCCCCCUCGCCAUCCCCACCUUGGACUCAUUUGAGAAGACUUGAGAAAUGUCUUAAUACUCACACUGCUGCAUGUAGCUCCUGCUUAUUUACUGGUCUGGGGAAACAGAAUGUGUUUCCUUUUUUAAAACAGCCAAUUGACAGUUACACUGAAAUACUCUUCCUUUUGUAUCAUUCAGCCUUUUGUUUGAGUUUGGUAAGUUUUAAGAAAUUUCAGCAGCAAAGUUGUUAUUCAGUGGGCACGACGGACUAGAGAUGCCUCGAGUCAUGUAUACCUGUCCCAGAUGUAAACCCAUUGUCCUUUGUUGGAUGAUAUUUUAAAAGGAUAUAAAAUAAAUUGGUCUAAAGGGCUGCCCUCCUUGUUGUGUUUUUAAAUUUAGUUAAAAACUGCUACAGCUUAUGACUUUGUACAUUAUGAAAAUUGUAUUGAUCUUUUUCAGAUUCCUUGUAUUUUUUAAUAAAAUAAUCUUAAAACCAGAUAGGUUAAGUGUUAGAACUUUGGAACAGCUUACAUUGUUACCUUAUAUUACUCUUUAUUCUUUUUUCCUAAUCAGAGUUCUGGACCCUUUAGUUGAGUUUAAAACUUCAGUUGAAAUCCAGUAGUAUUUAUUUUUUAAAAAGAUCACUAAACUGUGCCUAAAGAACAUAACUGCCAUAUUAAUGUUUUGGUUUAUAUCCUCUAUAGUAAUAGAAAAAUUUAAUACUUACACUGCUAAUGUGUUCAUUUGAUACCAGUUGAGUAGAAUGUGAUUGAUCCAGUUUACAAUCUUAUCAUCAGUAUCAUUAAGUACAAAUAUAUGUACUUUUUAAUAGGAGUCAUUCUUUUCUUGCUGUAACACUAGACCUUAACUCUUAGAAGUAUUCAUUUUUUAGCUGCAGCUGGAAAGGUUGAAAAGCCAGGACUUGUAUUUGUAAACUGUAAUCUGAAGCAGAUUAUUAAAAGUGUAGAAAGAAACAGACUUCUUUUUUUGUAAAAGUCUGUGAUACCCUAUUUUGAUUCUGUGUAAUAUGAAUAUCCAAAGGGUUGUGGUGAUCAGUUCUUGAUAUGCAAUUGUCCACUUAAUAAGGACAAGUGUUCCAGUAUCUUUUAUGGCUGUGGUCAUAAAUGAUGUUGGAAUGUGUCAUUUUGUGAAAUAGUUGGUAUCCCUUUACUAGUAAAAUUAAUUUUUGUCAUCCCAGGAAAUCCAUGUGAAGCCAGCCAAUUAAUAAAGCACUUUAGCAUCUGUUCAGGUAGUUUUGAAAAACAACUUUUCCCCUUCAGGAUAAAAACUUCCAGGUUACCUAAAAAUGCAAUAAAAAUCUUUAUAGUCUAAGCUUCUUGGCACAUAAUUUUUCAUCAGGGUUUUCUUUUACUGAAUGAGCACAAUACUGUUUUGAUUUAUUUUUCCCCAACCACUCAGCUCCUUGUACAGCUUUUAAUUGUAUAGCUAUGUGAAAGAAGCAGCUGAGAUACUUGCUGCACGCACUUGAACUCAUGUUGGGUCUGUAGCUCUGUAUUGCUGCCCUGACCCCAGGGUAAUUCAGGUGGAAAGGUAUUUUUGUCUCACAGGGAAAUGUAGCUAUGUAUCUUACUAAUUGUGAAACACUGGAAACUAAUGAUGCAGACAACUUGGUGUGGUCUUGGAACAGCUAUCUGCAGUAUUUGUUUUUCUUGUUACCAUAAAUUGUAUUUAAGUGCUUGCCCUUCACUCCUUUUGAGUUGCACCAGUGAACCAGUAACCCUCAGGCCUCUCUUUCUACUUCAUAAGCCUUUGCUUAGGUUUAUGUAGUGUUUUCAUUCUCCCUGUAAUGUGACCUUUUUUUUUUUUUUUUUUUUUUUUAAAGUCACAGCAGACUGCAUUUGUUUGUCACUAACUGGGCAUGUGCCAAUAAUAUUCUGUCCUUUCCUUAACUGCCAUCUCUGUUUUGUUUGAUUCUUUCCAACUGAAUAUUGGCUUUUUGCAUGGAAAGAAAAUAGUUUCUACUAUUAGACAUGUAAAGGGAAGAGAGAGUGAAUGUAUUGGACUUUGUAAACCUAAAAAUACUUGGAUCCCUCUAAUUAAUAAGGGCUAUGUAUUAUAUAGAGUAAUCAUGUGGUGGGAGAUACUUGCAAGUCAUAGAUCUGUAGGCAGGAGGAUCUGUUACUCCCUGUAUGUAGGCCGAAUGUAAAUUCCCUUAUGUUUAUUUGCCUACGAUAUCCUUGGUUUCUAGUAAAGUACCCUAGGCUCUAGUGAGGACUGUCUACUUUAAAUUGCCAUUUACUCCCUUUCCUUAGUUGGCUGAAUUGCUCUUGGCUAGCUUUUGUAGGUUACUGUAUCGCCUUGACAAAUCUCACUCCUUUAAAUGUGGUCAUAGGGUGUGAUCCUGCCAAGCCUGGAUCAAGAGUACAUCUAAUAUGCAACCUGCACCAAUCAGCUCCUAUUCUGUCUGGAUGUCUAGAACUGUUGGAAGAUUUUGACAUUUUCAACCUUGAGUUUUUCUUUUGAAAUGAGGUUUGAUAUAUUGUUCAUUGUGUUGAGAUGUGUGUGUUUUUUUGCUUUGUAAACCCAACACCAGAUUUUGGAAAAUGCCUAUAUUGUGAAAGCAAAUCAGGACUCUUUCUGAGCCUCUGUCAUUGUUGGAAAUAGAUUCUCUUUCCGUCAGCUUCCAGAAAAUUGUCAAAGAGAUUUAACAGUAAGAAUCCAGAUUUUUAAAUGUAAUUGUUUUUUAAAUGCUAAUGUUUGUAAAGCACCUUCGGUUCUUUGGAUGAAAGGUGCUAUAUUCCCUCUGUAAAUUAAUAAAAAGAUUAUAGGAAGUUUGUCAAAAAUAAUUUUAUCUAAUGCAUAGUCUGUAGUACGUCCUGACAAGAAAUUAGCAUUUUAUAUAACAAAUUAAAAAAUGCUUAUUCCUUCACGUAGUUGCUUGACUGGUAAA